AUGGCCUAUUUUUGUGCACCAUUGAAUAGCCAGGUAGGGGUAUUUUAUUCAUCUAGCCACCAACCUACUCCAUACUGUAUUCUUAAAUCAUUGAGCCAGAAUUUGACUCUUCUUCUUUUUCCCUCCUCCUCCCCCCUUUCCCAGCAACAUAACAUAUACCCAUUAUUAGUGUAUGUUGAGACGCAAAUAUUGUUUCGUUGCAAUAAUUACUGUCACUGUAAAGGUGGCAGAGACUUAUUCAACACUAAACAAGAGAGUGAUACGUUCUUAUCAUCCGUUAAAAAUUGGGUCGAAUAUGGAUGUUAUAAUGUGAAUGAAGAUGGCGAGUGUCCAAGUGGCACAAUCAAGUGUCCUACGACAAUGAAGACGACCCGUGACGAUGAAGAACAAACAAGUAGCUCGGAUAUUGGGACCUUGGACGAAGAAGGCUCCAAGUUGACAUCGACAUCUGCCAUUUCAAAGAAGUCAUCGCUAUCCACUACCAGUGAUUUCAAAUUCACUACGCGUGAAACGAUGAAACCUACUACGCUUUUGUCCCCCUCCCACGAUGAUACAAAUGACAGCCUUGCCACGCUUAAAACGACGAAAUCCACGACUUUGUUUUCACCCGAUGAUACAAGUGGUAGUCCCCUCACGCUUGAACCGACGAAAAAAACCAAGAUCAAGAAGACGACAAAGGAUGGUAUUAAGUCGCCUGUAACCCCCCCGUCGAGCGUUGAGGAGACAUUGGAAGAUGGAUAUAGUGACUCUUAUAGCUCGUCACGUGAGUCUUCCGCUGUGUCUUUAUAUGAAGAACCUUACUCCACAUUUUAUAGCACUGUCAGCGACUCUGAAGCAGAUCAGGAAGGAAAACCCCACGAAACUGGUGUAAGUUCUGUAGAAACUCCGACUGCACCCACUACACCAACGGCUGCUCAUUCUACCAUAAAGGACAAGGCGCUCAGUAAGAAUGAGAAGUCGACAAGCACAGCGCCAGCCCUUUCUAAUUCAGAUGACUCCCACGUGGGCUUAAUUAUCGGCGUCAUUGGUGGCGCUGCUGCGGUGGUUGCCUUCGCAGGUUUUGUCGCUUGGAAAAAAAAGCAGGACGAUGAGGAUUUUGAUGACGAUGAUGCUGCAUUUUCCCCGAAAAAAACAACAACAAGCCGUGAUGCGGCUUCACUGCCAUCUGCAUCUUCAGCAACCACGGCGUACUUAGCUCAGCCCAACUGCUACGACAACAACAAUUACGAGCAGCAGUACAACAACAAGUAUGGUAACAACUACGGUGACAAUUAUGGCAACAACUAUGGCAACAACUAUGGCAACAAUGGCCACAGCAAUAAUUACAUGGCGAAUCAUUAUGCUACGGGUGGAAAGCCAGGUGAUGUGGUUCCUGCUAGCUACGGCAGUCCGUAUUCAAUCGACAUCGAUAGUGAUAAUUUAAGUCGUCGUACAGAUAGCAUUCUGGGCGGGACAGGUGUCAUGUCAAGCACCACAUCGAGCAUGCAAACUCCGUUCGAGUUCACCGGUGGUCCAAGCCCCUCAAAUAGCGACAUGAAUCAAGAUAUAUGGGGCAACGAGAUGGACAGCUUCCACCAAAAGCGCACAGCCAGUAGUGCGUCCGUGGAGUUUUAG